AUGGCUAUCAUGAUGAAAUUCAUCUCCCUUCUGUUGGCGACCUUCGCUACAGUGACGCUGGCCGCGCCUCCCCAGGCCAUGUAUCAUCCGACUCCCGCUGCCAUUUCAGCAACCCCGACUCGUGAUGCCAUGGCCUCGGUCUGUACCAAUGGCGUGCCGGCUUCCAAGCAGUACCCCAGCUACCCGAUCUAUGACUACACUCUGGUGACUCCGGGCGACAACUUGAGUUCGUACAAGAUCAACCAGGACUGGUACAGCGAGCACUUCGUUUCUGGCCCGCACAUCAUGAGCUUCACUCACCAGAGCGAUCCUUAUGGUCCCUUCAAGUGCCAGUAUAGCUGCAAUGCCGAUGUCAAGUGCGCUGCCUACUUUGUCUGGUAUGAGAAUACCGACACCAACAACGAGCGCCUGAGCUGUGUUUUGUUCGAUGCUGUCAUUCCCACCUCGGCCUUCGUCAAGACUCAAGGUGUCAUUGCGUCGGGCGCUUACGACAAGCUUUGCAGCGACUCGUACUAG